AUGACACAAGAUCGUCGGCUAAAUAUUAGUCAAGCCAGAACAGCAUGUGAUCCAAAUGAAUAUAUAUUAUGGUAUAAUACAACAGUGCCGGAUAAUUUUCCUUUACCAUUAUCAAAAGAUCUAUCAGCAUAUUUAUAUGCACCUGAUUGUGCAUCUCGUUAUGCAACAGCCGAUACUUGGUUUGUUAGUUGGGCGGAUGAUGAUUUAUUGUAUAGUGCGUUUACUGAUGGAAUGGUUGAUGAUAUUACUAGUUCUAGUGGUGCAACUUAUCCAAACUCAAAUACUACAACUGGUCAUGCUAUUAUUAUGGGUUCAAAUCCUUUGAAUUUAACAAUAAUAUCACCAGGUAUUUUCGAAAGUAAUACAGGACCAUAUACUGGUCGUUAUCCAUCCGGUAAUCUUCAUUACAAUGGGGUAUGGUAUCAAUCAACAUAUGGUCUGUCCGAUAAUGAUGCACCAUGUCGUAAUUGGUGUGUUCAAGGUCCAUUAAUAUCAUUCCGUUAUAGUGUAGAUCAAGGUACUUCAUGGUAUGAUUAUAAUUUACAUCCAAAAAAUGAUGCAGAUAAUUUAUUUAAUCAAUCAAGUUAUAAUAAACAAAAGAUAAAAUAUGGUGCAUUACAUUUUGUUGAUUUUGGUAAAAACCAACAAUGGAGUCCAGAUGGUUAUGUAUAUUUAAUUGGGCAUGGUUCAAAUUCAUCAUUUCCAGCAUCAUCAAAUACGUCAUUUCCAAUAGAAUCAUGGAAUGAAGGAGAUCAAAUAUAUUUAUGUCGUGUACGAUCAUCAAUUCAAACUAUGAAUGAUAUUAAUAAGUUUGAAUUUUGGAAUGGAAUAAAAUAUGUUCGUGGAAAAGAUGGUGUUGACAAAGCACAACCAUUAUUUACAUUUCCAAAUAAAACUGGUACAGUGACUGCAUCAUAUAUACCAGCAUUAGAAAAAUAUUUAAUGGUUAUUAGUACAGCGACCUAUCCAGGUGUUGGUUCAAUGGUCCAAGAAUUUGAUGUUUAUAUAUUAGAAUCAAAUCAUAUAGAAGGUCCCUGGUCACUUGUCGAAUAUUUAAAUAAAUUUGGACCCGAAGCAUAUUUUCCAAUCAUACCAACUAAAUUUAUAGGUCAAACUCAUGAUAUAAAAGUUUUGCCUGAUGGAUCAUCGUUAUGGCCAUUUUACCUUGGAUAUAGUGCGAAUUGUGCAUGUUGUAAACCAAAUCCACCACAUAGUGGUUAUGGUUUCUGUCUAUUAUCUUCUAAACUUGUCCUAACACCAAAAUUUACAAACCGAUUAAUCCAAAAGGGAUUGAUUCAACCACCAACUUUCAUUCAUAAGUGUUACCGGCGUUGUCUUCAGAUCUUUUCUUUCAUGUCUUUUGUCUUUUCCUUCCUCUAA